CGAAAGCUAAAGCAUGAGUUCGGAUAUCACGGAUGCCGGUCAAAUGUAAUAUGAUGCGGUUCACUGCUAUACCGCGAAGGCCUGUUGUCCUCGUAGGUAUAGCAGUUUUGUUCCUGCUAUAUAUACUCUCACACUCGGCGACCGCACAAACCAAACCUUCACGUUGUGGCCUACCGGAUCCGAAUAUACCUUGGGUUGCUACUCUGGAUCUUGGAGAGAAUAUGGAGAAUCUCAAAACAGAUAUAGGCAAGUUCAAAAGCGAGGAUCUGCCACCCUGUAAAAGCCUUUUCAUGAUAUGGACAACGGAUAAGAGCACCUGGCAAGACAUCAAUUCCGUUUCACUCGAAAGCGUUUUCCAUUACUUCCCUUGCGCACGUAUAACAGUGUACGCCAACGAGCUUGCACAAGACUUUUUCGAUGAAUAUACAAAUGCCGGGUUUCAUAUUCGUGUAGAAAGAUAUAAUUUGACGGAAAUCACGAGGGGCAAGCCGGGUGGCAAAUGGGUUACGAAAACCGCAAAACCUGAAAACCGGUCGCCCUUCCAUUCUGUACAUGAGAGUGACUUUCUACGUACGUUCAUGCUAUAUUAUAAUGGAGGUUCAUACAUCGACCUAGAUCACUUUAUGCUUCCGCUAUCGGUGGCUCUCACCCCAUAUAAGAAUAUAAUCGGCGCUGAAGAGUGCGAGGCUGACAAUUCAGGUAAGACCAACUUCGACUAG